AUGACUGACGACGAGCAAGUUCCGACCCUUGUGUCGGCUGGCAAACCGGCCAAGCCUCUUGGAAUGCGCAAGAAUGGAAAGCAAUGGCAUCCUCCCAAGAAGGCGUUCCGGCCGACGGCAGGUCUGACGACGUACGAGAAACGUCAGAAGCAGCGCGCCGAGAUGGCGCAAAUGAAAGCGAAAGAGAAGGAGAUGAAGGACGAGAAGGAAGAGCUGCGUCAGCAACGCAUUCAAGCCAUCCGAGAGAAGCGAGCCAAGAAGGAAGAAAAGGAGAGAUACGAGAAGAUGGCCGAGAAGAUGCACCGGAAGCGAGUCGAGAGGUUGAAGCGCAAGGAGAAGCGCAAUAAGGUGCUCAAUUCCUGA